CCAAUUUCAACACAUAUUCUUCAUCUCAUUUCCAUCAUCCAUCAUGAAAGCCCUUCUAUCAAACAACUCCAUUGUGUCCAGGAUCAGCAACCUGACUCUGGGCAAAUCCUUCGGUGGACGCGGUGGCGUGUUCAAGGACAUCCCCGUGCCAACCAUCUCCAGUGACGAGAUCCUCGUCAAGGUCAAAUCCGUAGCGCUGAACCCCACCGACUUCAAGCACAUCGACAUCAUCUCUCCCCCAAACUCCAUCAUCGGCUGCGACUAUGCCGGCGAGGUAGCUGCCGUCGGCGCCAAUGCAGCCAAGUUCUGGAAAGUCGGCGAGCGGGUAGCCGGCGCAGUCCAUGGCGGCCUGUACCCUGACCGCGGUGCCUUUGCCGAGUAUCUCAAGGCAGAUCACGACCUCGCCUGGAAGAUCCCGCCCGAGGUGUCCGAUGCUGAUGCAACGACAUAUGGCGUCUCGGCCAUCACUGCUGCGCUGGCCCUCAACAACCGCCAUGGCUUGCCGUGGGCCAACGAGGGUCCCAAGACAGGCCAAGCAGCAUCUGCAGAACGUCGGUCAAUCUUCAUUUAUGCAGGCUCAACCGCUGCCGGCCUCUUCCACAUACAGCUAGCCAAGGCUGCGGGACUUACCGUCGUCGCCACCGCAUCGCCUCAUUCCUUUGAUCUCGUCAAGAAAUACGGCGCAGACAGCGUCUUCAAUUACAAGUCGCCAACGGUUGCCGAAGAAAUCGUCAAAGAGUUUCCCAAUAUCUCAAUGGCCGUGGACUGCUUCUCUGAAGGCAAAUCGAUUGAAAUCUGUGCCAAGGUCAUCCAGAACAAAGGCGGCAAGGUCGUGACGCUUCUUGACCCUGGCAAGUCCAAAACUCUCGGCGUCGAAUACGAAAUGAUCCUGGCGUACACAAUGUACGGCCACAGCUUCCAAUGGUUGGCGCCUAUCGGACCCAAGUUCGCAGCCAGUUCGUUAGACCGCGAGACCCUUGUCCACUUCUGCUCCAUCCUGCCAGAGCUUACGAAGACCAUUAAGCCAACCCCGGUCACAGAGUUGGAGGGUGGUUUUGACGCCAUUCUCGGUGGAUUAGAUCAGUUGCGAGCGGGAAAGGUAUCUGGAGGCAAGUUGGUGGUCAAGGUGUCUGAGUAG